AGAGAGAGAAAACAAAGAGAAAUUUAAAAACGACAUAAAGACUGCGAAUCCGCUCUCUUUUUUUUUCUCUCUGUCGCUCUCCCCAACGCCCACAUCGUAACGGUUCGUCGUGGCUAUUCGGUGACGGCGAGUCGUUCGUACACCGGCAGUCUUCUUGAACUUCUGGAUGAUUUUUUGAUCUCUCGACUUCGCCUUCUUCGUGUUAACUCUCAUUUUUCGAUUUUUUGUUUCUAAAAUUUAUUGGUUCUGUUCAUCUCAGGAUACGAUAAUCGGCACCGAGAGGUAUACAAAAUGAUUGGGUCGUUUCUUACGAGAGGACUUGCGAUGGUUUUUGGCUAUGCUUAUCCAGCUUAUGAAUGCUAUAAAACUGUUGAGAAAAAUAAGCCAGAGAUUGAGCAACUACGCUUUUGGUGCCAGUACUGGAUUUUGGUGGCUGUCUUAACAGUAUGUGAGAGAAUUGGUGAUGCUUUUAUUUCCUGGGUUCCUAUGUAUAGUGAAGCGAAGCUGGCGUUCUUUAUAUAUCUUUGGUAUCCUAAAACAGAGGGAACUACUUAUGUGUAUGACUCUUUCUUUAGACCGUAUGUUGCAAAGCAUGAGAAUGAUAUUGAUCGCAACUUGUUGGAACUAAGGACUAGGGCUGGUGACAUGGCAGUAUUAUACUGGCAAAGAGCUGCAAGCUAUGGUCAGACAAGGGUUUUUGAGAUUCUGCAGUAUAUUGCUUCACAGUCGACGCCUAGGCCUCAGCCGCAAGGAGGUAGGGCUCGCCAAGGUCCUACUGUUCCCAACCGCCAACCUCCCAAUGCUCCUAUCCGUCAAUCAUCUACUGCAGCACAACCACAAACUGAAGAGCCGCCAUCUCCCACUUCUAGUACGUCUUCUAGUCAACACCAAAUGGAAGUAGAGGAAGAGGUCGGUCCUUCACAAGGACCUCCAGCAGCGCCUCCUGCAGCUCCAGCAGCAGCUUUGAAUUCCCCAAAAUCAAUUGUUGCUUCUGAAACCAAGGGCCAGUUUACAACAAAUGAAGCAGAAGCAGAAGCAGAAGCAGAAGCAAAGCAGAUUGAAGCUGUGCCUUCUUCUUCCGUCAAUGAAAAUGCUGACCCGGCAACUGAGGAGACUAUCAUGGAAGAAGCCAUCCGGGUUACACGUGGCAGAUUGAGGAAAGCCCGUUCUGCAGGAACUCGCUAACAGUUUGUUUCAGCUCCUUCCCGUGUUAGCGUUUUACAUUGGCAAUUAAUUAAUCAGUAAUAACGCCAAAGUAAGCGGAGGGGGAAAAAAUCAGUAGUUGGGCAUUGAGUUCUUAGUUCUUCUUGUUGUAAAUUUCUCAUCUUCAAAUUUCUAUUCGAUUUGUUGCUUUUUUU